AAGGGUUAAAAGUUUAAUUUUGACAUGUUCUGAUUUUCACAUGACAUUUUUUUUUAACUACCAUUACUAACAUUUUUACUCGUCCAGUGUUGAAUUUGGGAUGUUAAACCCUAAAACGAUUCGGCCUCGAGCUCCUAUUCAUUCGUACGGGAUCAAAUCCAGACGGAACUUUAUCACAUGAGCGGAUGUGCUGCGGCGGCGAGCAGCAGCAGCAGGGCGGGGAGAGGAGAGGAGAGGAUAGGAGAGGAGAGUAGUGGAGAGUAGUGGAGAAAACAGGGAGGCCCAGGAGUGGUGGAGCUUCUCCUGACGGGACCGUGGCUCCCACGGCUGGGAUGUGAACGGCAGCAUGAGUGUGAAGGCUUUCGAGCUGGUCUCCGCCGUGGAGCGGGAGCAGUUGAUGGGCGAGAAGGUGCGCAUCACCAUCGAGUGCAUCGAAUGCUGCGGGCAGCACCUGUAUGUGGGCACCACCGACUGCUUCAUCUAUCACUUCUUGUUGGAGGAGCGCACCACGACCAAAGGCAGGCUGGCCUACAGCAGCCAGAAGCUCCUACAGAAGUAUCUGGGUCUGAAGAAGCCUGUGGCCGAGCUCAAGGCUGCCUCAGCUUUGGAGCGCCUCAUCGUCCUGUGUGAUGCCACUAUCACCUUAGUGGACAUGGUCACUCUAGAGCCCGUACCCUCCGGCGGGGCCAAACUGAAAGGUGUGACCGCAUUUUGUAUCAAUGAGAACCCGGUAACUGCUGACCCGUUCUGCGCGGAGAUGGCGGUGGUGUCGGCGCGACGGCGGGCGGUCCAGAUCUGCACUGUGCACGAGGACCGUGUCCAGAUACUGAAGGAGGUGGCCACACCUGAGCAGCCCUGCGCCCUCAGCGUGGAUGGCUACUUCCUGUGUUUGGCUUUGCCCACACAGUACAUGAUCCUCAACUACAGUACAGGUGCCUCGCAGGACCUUUUUCCCUACGACAGCGAGGAGAGGAAGCCCAUCGUCAAGAGGAUCGGCAGGGAGGAGUUUCUGCUGGCUGCACCGGGUGGGCUUGGGAUGUUUGCUAACGCGGAGGGCAUAUCCCAGCGCGCCCCGGUGAGCUGGUCGGAGAGUGUGAUUGGGGCCGCCGUGUGCUUCCCGUACGUGGUGGCUUUGGACGAAGGUUUCGUGACGGUUCACAGCAUGUUGGAUCAGCAGCUGAAACAGACGCUCUCCUUCAGAGAAGGACACAUCCUGCAGGACUUUGAAGGGAAGGUGGUGUUGGCCUCCACAAAGGCAGUGUACGUGCUGGUGCCCCUGCCUCUGGAACAACAGAUCCAGGACCUGUUAGCAGGACAUCGAGUGGAGGAGGCGCUGACCCUCACAGAGGGGGCACAGAGAAACAUUCCCAAAGACAAGUUCCAGAUUUUGCACAAACGAAUUCUCCAGCAAGCAGGAUUCAUCCAGUUUGGACAGCUUCAGUUUUCAGAAGCAAAAGAGCAUUUUAGGAAGGGACAGCUGGACGUGCGAGAGCUGAUCUCCCUGUACCCGCUGCUCCUGCCCGCCUCGUCCUCCUUCACAAGGUGCCACCCUCCGCUUCACGAAUUCGCUGACCUCAACCACCUGGCACAGGGUGACCAGGAGAAGGUGCAGCGCUGCAAGCGCUUCCUCAUCAGCUACCUGCAUGAGGUGCGCAGUAGCGAGAGUGCCAAUGGCUUCCGCGAGGACGUGGACACGGCGCUACUGAAGCUCUAUGCUGAAAUAGGCCAUGAGAGCCUAUUGGACCUGCUGGCAUCUGACAACGCUUGCCUGCUGGCUGACAGUGCUCCUUGGCUGGAGAAACACAAUAGGUACUUUGCACUCGGGCUGCUAUAUCACUACAAUGGCCAGGAUGCUUCUGCUCUACAGAUGUGGGUUCGAGUUGUUAACGGCGACCUCCAGGACUCCACGCGUGCCGAUCUCUUCGAGUAUGUGGUGGACUUCCUCAGUUUCUGCUCUAACCUGGACCUAGUGUGGAAAUAUGCUGACUGGGCCCUACAGAAAGACCAAAAGAUUGGAGUCCAGAUCUUCACUAAGAGACCGAUCUCAAAAGAGACGACGGGGCAGCUGAAUCCAGAUGAGGUGAUCAAGUACCUAGAAAAGCACCAUCAGGCUCUAGUGCUCUACCUGGAACACCUGGUUCUAGAGAGGAGAGUGCAGAAAGAGAAAUACCACACACACCUGGCCGUGCUGUAUGCAGACCGCGUGUUGGGUCUCCUCUCGCGACCCUCAGCCACAGAGGAGCAGCUGUCCUCUGCCCGUGAGAAACUGCAGCGAUUGCUGAGAGAGUCCAACCUAUACAGGGUGCAGCUGCUGCUUGGUAAACUCCAGGACUCGGAGGUGCUGUUAACGGAGAGAGCGACGCUGCACGGCAAGCUGGAGGAGCACGACAAGGCUCUGCACAUUUUGGUGCACCAGCUGAAAAAUUCCACAGCCGCAGAGGACUACUGCACCUGGGCCUCAGAAGACCAUGACCCAGCCCACCGCCAGAAGCUUUUCCACCAGCUUCUGAGCGUAUAUUUGGACCCAGAUGUGCCGGGCGGGGCACAGACCAUGGAGGCCGUAGACUUGCUCAACCGCCACGCUGACGUUUUUGAUGCCGUGCAGGUUUUGGAACUCCUCCCGGAGGCGUGGUCUCUAACGUUGCUCCGUCCUUUCCUGUGCGGGGCACUGAGGGCCAAUAUACAUGCCCGCCGCACUUCCCAGGUUGCACUGGGGCUGGCCCGAGCUGAGAACCUGCAGCUACAACAUGACAGGCUAAAGUAUCGGGGCGGCCCAGUCUUUGUGUCGGAAAAGAGGGGAUGCCAGCUGUGCCACAACACUUUCAGGGAGCCUGACUGUGUUUGCCUGCCGGGCGGCACACCCGUCCACACUCUCUGUGCUGCUCGGAGGCUACAGGACUCGCCCACAAAGCGCCGGCUAGACCACGCCCACACCAGCAACCACACAUGAACCUAGCAGGACAUGGGCAUCAGUGCAGGGUCAUCUAUUGCUGAUCCCAGGCGUGGACGGCUGAGAGCAUAUGGGUGAAGACGGAUGGACGAAGACAGGCAGAGGGACGAGUGCACAGAUAACUUAUCUUGAGUAAGAGUACACAGCCCAGGACCCGUGCAACACAGACCACUUUACAGGUGGAUGUGUAUCUCUGUAAGAGGAGGAGAGAGUGAGUUAAUGUGUGGGAGAGUGUAUGAGAUGGUGUUUGUUUGCGUCCCCCCGUGUGUGUUCACAACACUGAUUGUGUUUAACUGGUUAAUGUAACAAUAUAACCAUCGUAUCUGAUGUAACCACAUAAGCAUCAGUUGUUGGCUUGGACACUGUCAAACAGGGCUGCACGAUAUGGACGUGAAAUAUGAUGUUCAGUAAAAGCUGUUGGAUAUCACAGCAAUAAUUUGUGAUAAAAUCAGUGGCAGAGACAGAUUUCUUUUCUUACAAACCUACACUGUAAAAAGUGGCUCAUCAGAUCUACGUAAAAAAAUACUUCAUAUGGUAACAAAUAAAUUAACCAGGUUUAUUCAGCUUAAAAAACUACGCUGAUUGAAAUAAUCGUUAAUUCAAAGUAUUUAUUUAGGUUGAAUAAAACUAGUUAAUUUACUUGUUGCCACAUGAAGUAAUUUUUUAGGUAGAUCUGAUGAGCAACUUUUUACAGUGUAACUAAACCUCUCCUAUAAGCAAAUAUCAAAAUGCAUAAUUAUAAAAGCACCAUUCACUAUUAGGCAAAAUAAAUACUGAUAGCUUCUUGCAUCAGAACUGCAAGCACAAUUUUUCUGCACUGUAAGGCUGAAAAACAGCUUUCCCUGAACAGCUUUCACUGUACAUUUUUUUUUUAUUUUAUAUAUAUGCCUAAAGAAAAGGAAUAAACAUAUAUUUCUUAAAAAGCUCCUUAUGGUGAUGCAGGUUUGUUGUGACAGUAGCCAUUACUGCUUCACAUGUUUUACACACAAACCCUGCAACUAUCAGUGUGUCCCAAUUCAGGGCUGAAUCCUUAGACCGCUUAGACCCGUGAAGGCUGAAGACGGUCUGCUCUACGGCUGAUUUCCUGUUUGUGUCACAGCACCACUGUUCCUGCCCUUACUGGUGCGGCACUAAACGCCACUCUUGUUAAGUUCUUUUAAAGUUUUUUAAAGAUGGAGCCAGAAACUUUUAUUUUAGUUGUUUAGUUUUUCAUUUGUUAGAGCUGGAGAUGCUUCACUGUUUUUUUCUUUUUUUGGUACACAUUUGUUUCGUCAGCUAUUCGCCUCAGUUUAAACCCAAUACUAAUAUUUAAAAGUGAACUCUUUAGCUGCCGUUCGCUUCUCUGUCAAUUCUCGAAUCCUUGCUGGCACUCAAUGAACCUCAGGUUAUGUUGGCUGGCGAAGGAUGCACCCGUUGGAUCCUUCGUUGCUGUGGAACAGGAGGACACAUUUCUCAGCCACAUAUGAAGGAGGCUUUGAAAUGGGACAGCCUAGCCGCGCCGCUGUGGCACAGUUGCCCUUCAAAUGCAGCCUCUGAAUUGGGACACACUGUAAGAGUAGCUUUUUUACAGGCUAGUAGUUGAGGAUGGAGUAGUUUUUGAGCUGUGCGCAUGUCAAACUGGCCAAAGUGCUGCGGAGAUCAGCGUUUACCCUCAUCUAACUCUCUAAACUCAGUUCAUGAAGGCCUUGCUAAUUAGCUGAUGGGCUGAAUCAGGUGUGUUUAAUGAGACAGCGUGCUGAAGUCUGCAGUGUUUUGGCCUGUUAGGACUGGAGCCUGACACAGUCAUGUGAUGUGAUGGAAUGUAAAGGGAUGUAAUUGGCUCAUUACCUAAAUUGUUAAGUUAAUUGCUCUCUGUGCUGGAGUGUUCAAGUCCAGCACAAAAGGCUGUAAUGCUACGUUCCAUCAGUCUAAUUACGUCACUCUGGUGCCAGUAAUUUCAUCACAGCCCUUAUCAAUGUGUUUAUUGUGGAAACUUCUAUUGCAAUACGAUAAUAAUAUGGCUUAUCGUGCAGCCCUGCUGUUAAAGUACUUGACUUAGUACAAUACCAUGUCAUGCCAGUUCAUUGCACUUCAGUGGUUGGUGUCUCAAAUGGUUUCAUACAAGCAAAAGCAAUUCUUUUACUCAAAAGGGUCUGUAUAUGCUGUAAGCAAAGUGCUUUGCUGUAAGGUUUUCGUUCAUGUAACACCAAAGUUGCUCUUCGUCUUUGCGUCCAUAGGGAAACCGGCAUGUAUUUGAGUAAUACAGAUUGUUCAGGCACCGUAUUUCUGUAUAAACAGAAACUGCUUUCUUGUACAUCUAUACAACAUUUAAUUACGGAAGUAAUCUGAAAUUUGGAUAAAAGGGAAUUGGAGAAAAUGUUCUCAUCUCAAGAACAAUGACUGAUUUGAACCACAGAUAUAUGAUAAGCAAGAAAGAUUUUUAAACAUCCUUAAAGAUCCUCUAAACUCUCCUGCCCGUUGGACAGUAAAUGGAAGACUGGCAGUGAUUUAAUUCUGCUUUUCUAACAGUCACAGGGCCAUUGUUGUCAUGAAAGUGGCUGGACUGAAGACGCGCUGUCCGAAAGCUUCUGUUGCCCGUUUAGCAUUGACGCCUGGUUGGUUUCCCCUCAUGCAUGUGGUCGAGUCGGGGUUUCCUUGUGUCUUAUGAAUGCUAAGCUGUGACUAAUUCUGAUCAAAAACGAUGAAGAAUAUUAUUUUUCUUACUGGAGCAUUGUGAUUUUUAGGAGUAGCAAAGGUCUUGGCGAGAUAACGACGUGCCACCUGAUACUUGAACACGUUUUCGGAAAUUAUCGCAUAUGCGUGUAGCUUAUGGAAGGCAUGAAGCAGCGUGAGAGUCCCAGGAUGGAGCUGCUGGAGAAGGUUCUCGCUAUCAAAUCUCAAGCACAGAAUAAACACUGCCUACAGGUUUAAUACUAAACUGACCUGAGAGGGUCCAGGAAAUGGUGGAGAUGUCCACCAGCUAAGAAAAAGACAAGGCUUACAAACUGUUCCAGAACCAGCUCUACACCAGAAGAGAAGAGCCUGGUUGAGAAUAUUUUAUUGGAUGUAGUCAUCUGCAGAUUUUAUUAUACAAAAAAUGAAGUAAACUGUCAUGCAUAAAAUGGACAAAAAUAGUAUGUGCACAGCAACAAAAGGGACAAUUAAAAUCAAACCUUCAGAUCUGUUAUUUUGUAUUCCAGCUUAUGUGCACUGUGAGGAUUUUGUUUAUUUGUGAAAUCUAGUGCCUGGGGUCUUUCUCACGAAGCAGCGCUUCCAGCUUUGCCAGCUACUUUUUAAGCUCAGCUCGAUCUCACUCAGAAUUUUCUGUGACGGUUUAUUACUUUUACUUUUGUUUUUUUAAUGGGAUGAAUCGCUUGUGGCACACCUAACCUCCAGGCCAAGCCAAGUUCAGGAUUACGGAUAACAAAACAGCUCUUGGACCAAUCAGGGACAGCCUUCUGACGGAGACGGACCCCUCCUCUCCAUUUUGGUCACUUUUUUUCUUUUUCCUCUGUGGUUUUCUGGCAUUAAUCACAUGGAAAAUUGAAAAUAUAAAUCAUACAACAUAGAUAAGAAUAUCUCUGCUGUCGGAACAAAACCUUGUAUCUCCAAAAUGGUAACCUAUUCUAUUUUUAAUGUAAGUCAAUGGAACCUUUCAAAUGGACUUUUUUCCAAGUCAUUUUGGGCCGUUUCUUUCGGUCCAUUCAUCGUGAAAUUUACACACAUCGUAAAGGGCAACAGACAUUUUCAAAUUAAAUCAAAAACUGAAAAAUGACAAAAAAUGAGAUACAAGGUUUUGUUCCGCCAGCAGCGAUAUAACAAAUUAUGACUCCAAUAAGCACCAAUGCUGUGGCUGAAUUGUGUUUAAGUGCUUUUCUUUCUGCAGAUUUACAUACAGUGUUCAAAAAUAGUUUUGGGACACUUCUAUCAUUUGUUUUAUUAGAAUUGUUAAAUUUGUUAAUGCAUUGUGGAAAGUGUGGAAAUUCAGCCCCCCAUUUUACUUCAAAGCAAAUGUUGGGACACUAAUCCAAAUGCACACGAUUCAAACCAGAGAUCUCCAACAGAUCAUCCAACACACCUGACUCUACGUAUCAUGCUCAAUUAAUGUCACAUCUCUUGGUAAUAAAAUGUCGGUUACAGAUGCACUGAAAAUUGUAAAAUUAAGAGAGAAAAAUGUACUGAAGACAUGAAGAUUCACUACGUGUUCAAAAGCUUUCCAGGCUCUAACCAUCCGAAAGAGAACGUCUCACAAGCCUGGUUGAGCAUGAGUUGUGCAAACUCUGCACUUCAUGCCUAGAAGACUUUUACCCGUCAACCAAAUAAAGAGCUAUGCAGCAAAAUACUAACCUAAGUACAAUACUAAACACUGACCUACAUAAAGGAAAGAGACACUAAUGCUUCAGUACUUCUUCUUGCCUUAUUAAUUAUCGGGAUCCUUUAAGUUUCAGUCAGAAAACGUGACUGGUUAUAACUUUUGUGAUGGAUAUGAAUUAAUAAAUGAUACGUUUAUCUUCGAAAGUAGUACAUAAACAAUACAUACAUUGUUUUCAGAGUGUCCCAACACUACUUUUGAGCACUAUAUAUAUCUGCCUUGACUUUAUAUUUCACAUGAUGGGCUGUUCUCCAUAAAUGUCACUCUUUUAUGUAAAGUUGCACAAAAGGAUUAAUCAUAGUUUGAGUAUUUAAACCUAGGAUAACAGUUGAAAGUGCUUCGUGAGACAGACCCCUCGUUUCUCCAAAGCAGUGUUAUGAUCACUUCAGGUGUUGGAGUGAACGUCAAUAGACAUCUAGCUUCACCUCUUAUGGCGAUCGUCAUGUCCGUGAUGUUUUUGAUUAACCAGGCCCUGAAUGUUUCGUCUGGACUUACCAAGCAGCUUUUAUCCCGGUCAUACAUGUAACCGAAUCUCCACUUGGCUCGCCCCGACUACCUAAAGACAACGUCCAACUACAGCCCUCUGCCCACUACUACCGCAGAUGGAGUUCUUGGUCCUUCUGUCCACUCAAGUAUUUUAUAAGUGCAUAUAUACCUGUGUGUACAUACUGUAUUUAUAAAUGUUUGUUGCUUUGUAAAUCAAUGCCUGUGUAGGUGGAAUGUACAAAAUGUAAAGACGUCCAUUUUAAUAAACAUGACUAUGCUUACA